AUGGAGGCCACGAAUUUAGCUCUUCCACCGCGGGAGUCCCUGAAAUCACGUUCGGAGAAUAAGGCAUUACAGUUGAAUAGUAAACCGAAUCAAGUCGGCACGGUGCUUCUCUACGGCGUGCCAAUAGUCUCUCUCGUCAUUGAGGGCGUGGAACGGCUUUGUCUCGCUCAGAUCUCCAACACGCUCCUCAAGCAGUUCUCUUACAACGAGAUACACAAUAGGAGGGUUGCUCUCGGUAUAACAUGUGUCCAGUGCACGCCGGUCCAGCUGGAGAUAUUGCGACGCGCCGGCGCCAUGCCUGUAUCGUCACGUCGAUGUGGAAUGAUCACAAGGCGGGAGGCUGAGCGUCUGUGUAAGUCGUUCCUCGGCGACAACGCACCACCGCGACUGCCUGACGACUUUGCUUUCGCAGUUCAUCACGAGUGCGCUUGGGGAUGUAGAGGUGCCUUCCUUCCGGCCAGGUAUAACUCAUCGCGGGCUAAGUGCAUCAAAUGCGCAUAUUGUGGCCUUUUCUUCUCUCCAAACAAAUUCAUCUUUCACUCGCAUCGCGUUGGCCCUGGGGACAAAUACGUACAACCUGACGCGGCCAACUUUAACUCCUGGAGGCGGCACAUGAAGCUCAGUGGGAGUCCACCCGAUGAGGUAGUCCACGCGUGGGAAGACGUUAAAGCAAUGUUUAACGGUGGAACGAGAAAGCGAAUGCUUUCUGCUGCUAGAAGGAUCCCACUUCGCAGGCCAGAACCCGAAGCGGAACCGAAGCGGUCAGCAGGAAGUCCGCCUAGCGCUCACACGCCAGUACCGAGGCUGGCGGAUUACGUGUGGGGGGCGAGGCUUCCGUUGCCUUACAUACCUUGGCUUAAACCUACGUUAUGGACUCCAGGUGCAUUGACGGCUUUAAGUGGUGUAAGCUCAUUAGAGGAACCACGAGCAUUCCGUCCGGUACGGUCCCAUCGUCUCGACUCUCCUCAGCUGUCACCUGUCUCGCCGCAGCGAUCGCCUACCAGGUCUUCAACAGCUACUUCAUCGCCAAGACAAAGUCGCUCACCGCUCCGCUCCCCGCUCCGCUCUCCGCUCCGGUCGCCACUACGUUCUUCUCCUGCUAGAUCGUCGAAGAGCGACCGAGAUAGCGACGAAAGUGUUGACAUCGAAACUACUGAAGAGGAUCAUCAUAAAAACGCCACUUACCCCUGGCCAUGUCGUGGAAUACCAACAACUCGUUCGGAAGAUUCGUGCUGGGGCUCCGUGGUACCGAAACUAGAGAGAGACGAUGAGGUGCGGAUCGAACCGUGGCGUCUACCGGACCUACGGCCACCUUUGCACUAUCUGCAUGAUAGAGAAGGAGAUAGCUGCGCAGCCUGCGUCGCACCUUUACCCCUGCUUCCCCCACCAGCACCAGCGCCACAUUAG